UGCUGGGCGGUGCUUCCGCCGGCGUCCGGCGGGGAAUCCGUAGUGGUCAGCUAACGAUGGAGCAGCGAUCGAGCUGUCUGCUUGGACCAUGGAUGCUGUUACUGCUCCUGUCCCCAGUUCAGGGCCGCCAGAAAGAGUCAGGCUCAAAAUGGAAAGUAUUUAUUGACCAAAUUAACAGGUCUUUGGAGAAUUAUGAACCAUGUUCAAGUCAAAACUGCAGUUGCUAUCACAGUGUCAUAGAAGAGGAUCUGACUCCUUUCCGAGGAGGCAUCUCCAGGCAGAUGAUGGCAGAGGUGGUCAGACGGAAGCUAGGAACCCACUAUCAGAUCAUUAAGAACAGAUUAUACCGGGAAGAUGACUGUAUGUUCCCUUCCAGAUGUAGUGGUGUUGAACACUUUAUUUUGGAAGUUAUUCGGCGCCUCCCUGACAUGGAAAUGGUCAUCAAUGUACGAGAUUAUCCUCAGGUUCCUAAAUGGAUGGAACCUACCAUCCCAGUCUUCUCCUUCAGUAAGACAGUGGAGUACCAUGAUAUCAUGUAUCCUGCUUGGACAUUUUGGGAAGGAGGGCCUGCUGUGUGGCCAAUUUAUCCUACAGGUCUCGGAAGGUGGGACCUCUUUAGAGAAGAUCUGGUAAGGUCAGCAGCACAAUGGCCAUGGGAAAAGAAAAAUUCUACGGCAUAUUUCCGAGGAUCAAGGACAAGCCCAGAACGGGAUCCUCUCAUUCUUCUAUCUCGGAAAAAUCCAAAACUUGUUGAUGCAGAAUACACCAAAAACCAGGCCUGGAAAUCCAUGAAAGAUACCUUGGGAAAGCCAGCUGCUAAGGAUGUCCAUCUUGUGGAUCACUGCAAAUACAAGUAUCUGUUUAAUUUUCGAGGGGUAGCUGCAAGUUUCCGAUUCAAACACCUCUUCUUGUGUGGUUCACUCGUCUUCCAUGUUGGUGAUGAGUGGGUAGAAUUCUUCUAUCCACAGCUGAAGCCCUGGGUUCACUACAUCCCAGUCAAAACAGAUCUCUCCAAUGUCCAGGAGCUGUUACAGUUUGUGAAAGCAAAUGAUGAUAUUGCUCAGGAGAUUGCUGAAAGGGGAAGCCAGUUUAUCAUGAACCACUUGCAAAUGGAUGACAUCACCUGUUACUGGGAGAACCUCUUGACUGAAUACUCCAAAUUCUUGUCCUAUAAUGUAACAAGAAGGAAAGGCUAUGAUCAGAUUAUUCCCAGACUCUUGAAAACUGAACUAUAGUAGUCACCACAGGACCAGAGUCCUAUCUGUGACAGUAGAUAUGAGAUGUUCUGUGGUGAGAAUACCAUGAGCCUGGCACCUAUACUUUGAACAACUUUGAUCAAGCCAAACAUACAGUUUUCCUCAUCGUGCUGCAACUCCUGAGAAAGAUCUCAAAUGGGUAUAAUACACAGAAACCAAACAGCUCAACUCUUUGCUGAAUAAUGACCAGAAAUCAUGAAAUAAGGAUUUGGACUGCAUUCUACAUUUUCUUAUAACCAAUCACAGCUUGUGCCUCAGAUCAUGUACAUGUAUAUAUUCGUCACUGUGAAACUAACUAGGUCCAUGCAGUGAUGCCCUUUAUUCUGUUAUUUGGAGCAGAACAUCUAUCAUUUGGAAUGAGUACAAUUCAUUGCUACAGUUCUGAAGUUAUUCUAGGAACUCUGCUGCUUUAUUUUAAUGUAGAAAUCCUAUGGGGUUUGUGAAAAAUACUUGCAGAUCAUUUCCUGAAUGGUCUAAGGAAGCAGUGGCUGUGCCAUAUAGUGAUGUAGUUCUCUUUUGUAAAAGCAUAAAUUCUUUGGUACUCAGGUUUCUAUAAUGCCACAAUUGCAUGAGUAAUUUUUGCAGUUGGAUUUCAAAUUCCCAUUUUGUGCCUUCAUGCCCUUACUCUUUCAAAAGGAGAAAUUUUCUACAAAUUUAGGAAGUAGUCUCACUCAUAGGAACUAUGCUUAGAAGAGCAACUCUCAAGCAGGUGUGGUGGUAUGCCUGUAAUCCUAGCACCUGGGAGGCAGAGGCAGGAGGAUCAAUCACGUCAACGCCUCUCAGCUACAUAGGGAAUCUGAAGUCAGCCUGGCUACAUAAGAGUCUCAAAAAACCCCAAAACAAAAAACAGACUUCCUCACCUUUUGAACACAUUAUUUUUGCCUUCUUAAAUUAGUAGCAACAGGGACUGUCUCAAUGUGCAGAGACCACAAUCUUCAUAUGUUGAACACAUCAUGAAGUGGUAAUUUAGAGCAUUCAGCUUCUGUAUUUACUUAUAUAUGAGGUAUUUUAGUGUAAAUUAUUUGAGUACUUCUUUUUCCCCCUUUCUGAAAGACAUUUGGAUAGUUUAUUUCUAGCUCCAGCUCAAGUAUCAGCUCUCUGAACCUCAUUCGUGGCAGUUAAGGCCUACUAUAAUAAUCUGCUCAUGCCUGUAUUGUGUGAAAUUACACUGCAUUGUAGUUACUUGACUACUUCUUCUACUAUUCUGUGAGCUUACUGAUAGUGAGACUCAUGUUUUACUGAUCUUGUUAUCUCCAUUAGUUAGCACAGUGCCUCACACAGAAUAAACACUGAACUGAUGGAUGGAUGGAGACACAUAACUAAAUUGGCUUAACUAAAUUCUAUUUAUAGAUUGCUCAGUCACUGGCUCAAGGGUGAGGAGAUACCAUUAUUAAGAAGUGGAUCAAUACAGAUUUUAACUUGCCCUCUCUAGAGUUAAUAGGGGCUAGCCAGGUGUAGUGGUGCACCUUUGAUGCCAGCACUAGGGAAGCAGGGCAGGCAGAUCUCUCUGAGAUCCAGGCCACCUAGGGCUAUAGGAAGACCCUGUCUCAAAACAACAAAAAGGAGUUAAUAGGGAUAUUUUUGCUUUUAAAUACAAAAGUCACUCUGAUUUUAUACUUACCUGUGUACCUCAAUGUAGAUGGCAUGAGGAUGAUGUAUAACACUAUGUAAAGUGCAAGUUUUUUAAAAUAAUUCAUAUGCUCACAA